GCACAUUACGAACCACGUCAGCCUUACAUUUUUUUAAAUUCUAUCUGUGGUAUGUUUUAUUAUCAUAGAAACAGACAGCGUGGAAGUUAUGUAAUCAGCAGACAAGUUUGUGACAUUCUCGCGGAGUAGGGUAAUUAGUGAAUAAUGUGAUUGCAGGUGAUCUUCGUCUGUGUGGGUGUUUUAAUUUUAUCUUUAAAAAUUUGCUUCAAUGUGGUUAAUUUCUCCCGAGGACUUAUAGACGAAACCGUGUGAUUCAUAAAAACUGUAGACGGGACUAUGCUAUUACCAUACAAUGUUCCGUGCCUUAUUUAAUUUUCAUUUUUUUUCGCUCAUUAUUCUGAUUUUAUCUCGCACCACAACGGAAAAUGUCAAUAUAUUUAAGAAGCCAUUGGAUUUCUUGGAAUCUAAGUAUGGAGCUUUUCCAGAAAAACUUCGUUUGCAAAUGCUGGAAGAAUCGAAGAAAAUGUUCUACUUUGCAUACGAGAAUUACAUGGAAUAUGCCUUUCCGAUGGACGAACUUAAUCCAAUAAUGUGCACUGGAAGGGGCCCAGACUAUGACAAUCCAUCAAAUAUCAACAUAAAUGAUAUCUUAGGGGAUUAUUGUCUUACUCUUGUGGACACAUUAGAUACAUUGGCAAUUAUGGGAAAUGCAACUGAAUUUCAGAGAGCAGUUGGCCGAGUUCUGUUAAAUGUCAGUUUCAACAAGGACAAUGUUGUGCAAGUUUUUGAAGCCAAUAUCAGGGUUAUUGGUGGCCUUAUCUCUGCUCAUUUACUUAUCAUGGAUCCAGAUGAGCCAUUUGGUCAGUUACGCCCUUCAGGGUAUGAAAAUGACCUACUCUAUCUUGCACAUGACUUGGCAUCUCGCUUGCUACCAGCAUUUGAGAAGAGCUCAACAGGCAUUCCAUAUCCAAGGGUGAACCUGAAGGGUGGUAUUCCGGCAAAUGCAGUCUCAGAAACCUGUACAGCAGGUGCAGGAUCCUUGCUGCUAGAGUUUGGAUUACUUAGUCGUUUGCUUGGUGAUCCGGUCUAUGAAGGUUAUGCACGCCGUGCUAGCCAGGCUCUCUGGAACCUGCGGUCACAGAAAACGGGUCUUCUUGGCAACGUGAUAGAUGCAGAGUCUGGUCGCUGGUUGGGUCAUCAGAGUGGGCUCGGUGCUGGGCUGGAUUCGUACUACGAGUACCUUCUGAAGUCAUUUGUGCUGUUUGGUGAUGCCAGUGACUACGCCAUGUUUUCAGAGGCCUACAAGAACAUUAAACGAUAUAUGCGCAGAGGGCGUCCUCAUUGCAAUAGAGGUGUCGGUGACCAUCCACUUUACGUAAAUGUCGAUAUGUACAGUGGUGCUAUACAGACAUCUUGGAUUGACUCACUUCAGGCUGCUUUUGCUGGUGUGCAGGUGUUAUAUGGUGAUGUGGAAGAAGCCAUAUGUUCACAUGCAUUGUAUUAUGCCAUUUGGAAAUUAUAUGGCGUUCUUCCAGAACGAUGGAACUGGCAGCGUAUGUCUGCUGAUAUGGCAUUUUAUCCUUUACGACCUGAAUUAGUUGAGUCCACAUACCUCCUCUACCAGGCAACAAAGAAUCCAUUUUAUUUGCAUGUGGGCAUGGAAAUCUUACGAAGUCUCAACAAUUAUACACGUACAGAAUGUGGUUAUGCAACCAUUCACAAUGUUUUAGACAAGAGUCUUGAGGACCGGAUGGAAAGUUUCUUUCUUAGUGAGACAUGCAAAUACUUGUAUUUGCUAUUUGAUACAGAUAACCAUGUAAAUAAACAUUCAAAUCACUACUUGUUCAGCACAGAAGGCCAUUUGUUUCCAAUCCAUUCUAGUUUCCGUAAAAAACCAUGGAUUGCAUCAGAAAAUUCUCAGCAAGAGGAGACAUCACCAGCUUAUAAAGCCUCAUGUGAUGCUGUUGAUGCUGACAGAAUGUACUUUCUGCCACUCAAGAGUCAUUACCUCCAGCAGAUAAGCUUGGCUUUGGGGCUAGAUAACAUCUGAGACUGGAAAAUUUACAACAGGAGACGCCAAAUGAAAUAACUCUUAGAAUUGCAUUCCAUAUUGUGUAAUUUUAUGUUUAGCAAAAAACUUAUAAACUCAGUUGUUACUUAAAAUAUUGAAAUUCAUUGUUACCAUUAUAACAAAAACAUAAAUGUGUGUCUUAUUUAGAGAUUAUGCCGGUGUGCUUUUUAUUUGUAUUACAUUUACAGCUUUUAUUUUUGAGUUGUGUAAAUAUUUUGUGUUAAAAACUUAAUUUCUUCUUCACACCACAGAGUAUAUUUUCAGACAAUAAAAGACUGUGAUGUUAACUAUUAA